UCAUGAGUUCCGAGUUGCCGGCCAACAUGGCGGCGGCUUCAGCCGUGGCGAGUACGAGAGAUGGCCGUCCGCAAAAUCGAAAAUCCCGCCGUGCGAUGGCUCAGUCAUUUCUUUCUGGCAUAUCCCUUGACGGUCGCAUUAUGCGUGAGCCUAGAACACGCGAGAGAAACGACGAAAAAGUCCUGGAACCAACGCCAACGGUGGUUACGGAAAACUUCGGGACUCCUAGUCCUGUCACGAGAGAUUGUCGCAAGCCGAAAUAUUUGCAUUCAAUCUCCGAAUCUGCGGCUAGUGGUGCUAAAUCCUCACACCACCGCGACAGGAGUAUAACCAGAGAUAAAGGAUUGUCUGUGGAUGUUCAUAGGACUGCAGUUCGUCGAAGUUUUUCGGUUUCUGAAUCGAUGGGAAGUUCUGCCACAUCGGAUAGUCUUUCGUUUCGGAAUACUUCAAGACAUCGGAUAACAUGCAUGUCUGGAUCUUCAUACAGACUCCGCAGAAAAGUCAACGAUAAACGGGUUGUGUUAUGCACCUCUCGAAAAAUCCCAUUUAUAACAUAUUCAGUGCUGAAAUAUCACAAGGAGAACCAAGCAGUUGGCUUUGAAGGGACAAGCAAAAAGCACAUGUCAGGUCCUUCUAGCAGCUCUCCUGCCAUUGAAGGUGUCGAAAUUGGUAUUGGAGAAAAGAGUGUGUCAUAUAGCUCACUGCUUGUGCCUUCAUACCCACUGGCUACAUACAGAGCUUGGCAAGAGAGUAUGUGGGCUCCCUCUGCCUCACCUGUAUUACUGACUCAGUCAUUAGAUCUCAGGGCAAAUAAAGCAGAUACUGUGUAUUGUGAUCCUGAAGCAUUGUACCUGUCAGCAUAUGACCCAUACCAGCUUGAUGAUCCUGAGUUGACGUCUGGCAAGCACAGAACAGUGCUUCGGCUAAACUCUUAUAUGGUGUCAAUGACUGCUUAUGCCAAGCCAUCAGAACUGAAAAAAGAUCUUAAUGAGAGGUUCCGGGAGAAGUUUCCUCAUAUCGAAGUCACCCUUACUAAGCUGAGAAGCCUGAAAAGAGACAUCUUAAAGGUUGCUUCAUCUCAGGACUGCAGUCUUGACCUUACAUCAGUUGCAUAUGCUUUUGUGUACUUUGAAAAGCUGAUUUUGAAGGAAAAAAUCAACAAGCCAAACAGGAAAUUGAUGGCAGGAGCUUGUUUACUUUUAGCUGCCAAAUUCAAUGACGAUAAGAGGGUGAAAAUUAAGUUUGUAAUUGAUAAAAUUGCUGAAAAGAUGAAAGUUCAAGUGCGGGAGCUGCUAAGUUUUGAGUUCCAAGCGCUGGUGGGUCUUGAUUUUAAUCUUCACAUCCCGGCGUGGGAGGUAGUGCCCCAUCUCAAACGUCUCGAGUCCGAUCAGUUCUACCAGCUGUGACAAACCCUAGCCGUGGCUUGGAUACAUUAGAUUUGGUAUACUUCUAAUGGUCGCGAGAACAUUGCAUCUGUAUUAUUGUAUUGUGUCCGACUUGUAUGAUUUUGUUUUGUUCUUUUGGUUUUAUUGUCUGCUUUCAAACUCUUAUUUGUUUAAACAAAUGUUAUAUUGAACCGAUGUUGUACUUAAGAACUUGUACUGAACAACC